AUGGCUCCCUCAAGACAAAGUUCAAUUCCUAGCAGUGCUAGUUCAAUAGCAUCUGGUGGUGGUGGUGGUAGUAGUAGUGGUACCAGUACUAAUGGCAAUGGUAAUGGUAAUGGUAAUCUGAGUCAUGUUUCGCCAUUUAUUAAGAGAGAUAGAUAUAAGAGAAAUUUAUUAAGGGCUAGACAAAAUUUAAAGAAAGGUGGUGUUAAGAAAGAGGAUCCAGUUAAAUUAGAAGCAGAUGAAAAAAAAUUAUUAGGUGUUGAAAAAGGUAUGGCAAAUAUAAAGAAAGAACCUGAUGUUACUGAUAGUGACAAUGAUUUUAAUGAAUUUCCAUUAAGAGCAAUUUCUGAAGAAAAUCUUGAAAGUAUUAAGACACAUUUAUUAAAAUUUCAAAGUAAAAAAAAAAUUGAUCCAUCAAAAUCUUUUCAUCCACCAAUUCGUUUACAUAGAAAAGAUACAAGAAAUUUACAAUUUCAAUUAACAAGAGCAGAAAUUGUACAGAGACAAAAAGAAAUUGCGGAAUAUAAACAAAAACAAGAUGAUGACAAAGGGGGAUUUCCAAAUAAUACUAAUAAUAAAUUUAAAAAUAAUAACAAUAACAAUAACAAUACGAAAAAUACAAUAUCUAAUACAAAUACACCGACUCCCGUGAUGUCAGCACCUUUAUCUGCUGCCCCAACAAGGCUAGGUGAAAAUACUAAUAAUCCUUCUUCAGGGUUAUCAAAUGCAAUGCCUAAUAAUGUAUCUACAAAUUUGAAUGGAAUUGCUCCCGAGAAUCAAGAUACUAAUAAUCCAAAUGAUACAAAAUUGGAUAAAUCUAAUGCUAUUAUACCUAUGGUCACACAAUUAGAAGAAGCGGGCAUAUCUGAACAUCCGGAGAAAGUCGGUAUGGUUAAGUAUGAUGGUAAAGAAGAACAAGAUAUGGAACAAGGUGAAGGAACUACAGACCCAAUGGCAGAUGUUGCACCAGAUGGUGGUGGUCGUUCAAGAAGAAUUAAUUCAAAGAGAAAGACCCGUCAAUUAAAAGUUCUUGAUGAAAAUGCAAAGAAAUUAAGAUUUGAAGAAUUUUAUCCAUGGGUUAUGGAAGAUUAUGAUGGUUAUAAUACUUGGGUAGGUUCUUAUGAAGCUGGUAACUCUGAUUCAUAUGUCUUAUUAGCAGUUGAAAAUGAUGGUAGUUUUACUAUGAUUCCAGCAGAUAAAGUUUAUAAAUUUACUGCAAGAAACAAAUAUGCAACUUUAACAAUUGACGAAGCAGAAAAAAGAAUGGAUAAAAAGAGUGGAGAAGUACCAAGAUGGUUAAUGAAACAUUUGGACAACAUUGGUACAACUACAACGAGAUAUGAUAGAACAAAGAGAAGGCUGAAAGCAGCUGCCAUUCAAGGAGGCGGUAUGGAUGAUGAUGACGAUGAAGAACACGAUGACAACUCUGAAGUAGAAUUGGAUUAUGACGAAGAGUUUGCUGAUGAUGAAGAGGCUCCUAUUAUUGAUGGUAAUGAACAAGAAAAUAAAGAAUCUGAACAAAGAAUCAAGAAAGAAAUGCUUCAAGCCAACGCUAUGGGUCUUCGUGAUGAUCAACAACCUGAUGAAAAUGAGGAUGACGACCAAUUAAACGAUAAGAAGAUUGAUGUUGAGGGUGAAAGGAUUAAAAAGGCUCUUCAAAAAACAGAAUUGGCCGCAUUAUAUUCCUCUGAUGAAGAUGAAAUAAAUCCAUAUCUAUCAGAAUCUGAUCUUGAAGCACAAGAAACUCCAGAAGUGAAAAAGGAAGAAUCAGAAAAUAACACACCUUCACCAAAAAAGAAAAGUCCAAUUUCUGUUAAAAAGGAACAAUCUGAAGAUACAGAAGCUAUUCCACCAAGGAUCAGAGUUAAGAGUAUUAAGGAUUGUAUAGUUGUUUUGCAAAGUAAUAAGGAUAUUUUGGGUAACUUUCAUCCUGGGGAAUGGAACCCAACUACAGCAAUCAAGAGACCUAGAUUGGCAGAUGUAUCUCCAUCUACAACAACCACUGAGGGCGAAAUAAAAGAAGAGGAACCAUCCACCAAGAAAGUCAAACUAGAACCAAGUUCAUCAAUCCCACUAAUAACGGAACAAGAUAUCAUUAUUGCAAUGGGAGACGGUAAAGUUAAUGUUAAGGACUUUGGUAAGAUGAUAAGGAAGAAGUACCCUGGUGCAGAAAAUAAAAAGUUAAUGUUUUCUAUUGUCAAAAAACUUUGUAGGAAGGUUGAUAAUGAACAUAUGGAACUAAAAAACUAG